AUGAGUUUCAAAGGGUUUACUAAAGCUGUCACCAGGGCCCCCCAGUCCUUCCGCCAAAAAUUCAAGAUGGGCGAGCAGACUGAGGAUCCUGUUUAUGAGGAUGCAGAACGUCGUUUCCAAGAAUUGGAGCAAGAGACUAAGAAAUUGAGCGAGGAAUCAAAAAGAUAUUCGACUGCGGUGAACGGAAUGCUAACACAUCAAAUCGGGUUUGCCAGAUCCAUGGAGGAGAUUUUCAAACCAAUUAGUGGUAAAAUGAGUGAUCCUAAUGCUACGAUACCGGAGGACAACCCAGAAGGUAUUGAAGCAAGUGAACAGUAUAGAGGAAUUGUUGCAGAGUUGCAGGAAACAUUGAAGCCAGAUUUGGCUUUGGUGGAAGAAAAGAUUGUUACGCCGUGUCAGGAAUUGUUGAAAAUUAUUACUUAUAUUCGUAAAAUGGCCACCAAGAGAAACCAUAAGAAAUUAGAUCUGGACAGACACCUAAACACUUAUAACAAACACGAAAAGAAGAAGGAGCCAACUGCGAAAGAUGAAGAGAGGUUGUAUAAGGCACAGGCUCAAGUGGAAGUUGCUCAACAAGAAUAUGAUUACUAUAACGAACUGCUAAAGACUCAAUUGCCAGUCUUGUUUAGCUUGGAGGCAGAAUUUGUGAAGCCAUUGUUUGUUUCUUUCUACUUCAUGCAAUUGAACAUAUUUUACACGUUGUACAACAAGCUUCAAGACAUGAAAAUUCCAUAUUUUGACCUAAACAGUGACAUUGUGGAAUCGUUCAUCGCCAAGAGAGGUAACGUGGAGGAACAAACAGAUUCUUUGACCAUUACCCAUUUCAAGAUCGGUUACUCUAAGGCUAAACUAGAGAUGACCAAAAGAAAAUACGGUGCAGGGGCUGCCGAAGACUCACCAGUGAGUGGGGAAUCAAGCGGCACCGGAUAUGGUGCAGUUUCUCCCACCUCUACGGGAUAUGGUUAUGGUGCCGCAGCACCAGGAUAUGUAGCUCAACCCACCGCACAAUACGGUGUCGCUGCAGCUGCGGCUGUCCCAGGCACCUACCCGCAAUACGGUGCUGUACAAUCGCCACCAGUCACUGGAUUGGUGCCCCAAGAGCAACAACUACAGCAACAGGGUCCUCCACCAGCCUAUUCAAAUCCUCUAACAUCGCCUGUCGUCGGUACUCCAGCUGCGGCCGCAGCUGGAGUACCCGGCGUAGAAACCGUUUCUGCGUUGUACGAUUAUCAAGCCCAAGCUGCAGGUGACUUAUCCUUCCCUGCCGGCGCAGUUAUAGAAAUCGUUCAGCGUACUCCAGAUGCAAAUGAAUGGUGGACUGGAAGGUACAAUGGCCAGCAAGGUGUUUUCCCCGGAAACUACGUCCAGCUCAACAAGAACUAG